AGCAAAGCUUCAACAUAAAGUUGUAAUUAUUCUUGCUUCAACUUCGUUCGCUCAAUAAAACUCCAUUCAUGAUCAAGGAAUAUAAGCUUGUGGUUGUCGGAGGUGGUGGUGUCGGUAAAAGUGCAUUGACCAUUCAAUUGAUUCAAUCGCAAUUUGUUGACGAGUAUGACCCUACCAUCGAGGAUUCGUAUAGAAAGCAAUACAACAUCGACGGUGAACAGGUGCUUUUGGACAUCUUGGAUACCGCCGGUCAGGAAGAGUACAGUGCCAUGAGAGAACAGUACAUGCGGACCGGUGAAGGGUUUUUGUUGGUGUAUUCGAUCGACUCCAAGAGCUCGUUGGACGAAUUGACUAACUUCUAUGAACAAAUCCAAAGAGUCAAGGAGAGCGAUUCGGUUCCAGUAUUGAUUAUUGGGAACAAGUGUGACUUGGAGAACGAGAGACAGGUGAGUUAUGAGGAAGGGGAGUUGUUGGCCAAAAGCUUCAAUGGGUGUAAGUUCUUUGAAACUUCGGCCAAGCAGAGAAUCAACGUGGAAGAGGCCUUCUUCGAGUUGGUGAGAUCUGUCAGAGACGGGAACAAGCCUGCGGCGGUGGCCAACGAGGCGGCGGCUGCUCCGGUGGCGGCUGCUCCAGUGACUGAACAGGUGAAGGAGUCGAGUGAAACGGCUGCCAACGCCAAGGCUGCUCCUGACGGACAAAGAAAGCAACAGACCAAGCCUUCAUCUGGUAAUGAGUCAAAGGAACUGUCUGGAUGUUGCGUGAUUGUCUGAAAUCUGGUGGUGAGUUACCUGGGUCUUCUUGCUAUCAUUUAAUCACCCCAUUUGAAAUUUGUUUGUGCAUUGUUAUGUAGUUUCCGAUUUAUUCAAAAUUUUAAUUGAUAAAGUGAUAUACUAUAAAGUGUAAGAUCAAACUGGCGAAAAUAAAAUCGCCAAAGGACCGUUCAGGCGUGGAUUUAAACAACAGAAAGUUUUGUUCGUUGUACUGCAAGCGUAAGUUGACCGUCAAAACGAAUUGACCCACACAACUGAUGAAGCCGCCCAAAAAGGCGUUGAAGGGGAAGUUUCCAAUGAGCAACACGUAGACAAACUGGAGAGCUCCAAGUGUCACCAAAAACGCCAAAAAUGUGUCGAUUAACUUGGUUCUUGGAGUCAACGACUUCACGUAGUUGGUGUAUGUGGUUGUGGCCGCGGACCGAAGCUCGCCAAGCGUCUUGGUCGAUGGUUUGGAAGUUUUUGGUUUGGCCAUGUUUGGUGAACGCUUGUA